AACAAUUAGAAACCCUAACCAUAAACCAAACCGUUAUAACAGAAAACAAAUAUCUCAAAUUCCAAAAAUGGCUUCUGCAAUGAUUCCCAUUCGCGCCGUCGCAAUUCAAGCCUGUGCUGGCUCCGGCAACCGCCUACCAGAUCCCGAUCGCCGGAAAACCUCUUCUUCCACCAACUGGUGGACCCCGCUGUUCGGUUGGUCAUCGGAGCCGGACUAUAUAAACUCCGACAACAAAGCCCCGAAUCCACAGUCGGAAUCAGAUCCGGCUUCGAAACCGGCUAAGCUUCGCUUUGCCGGUGGUCUCACGGAGGAGAAGGCGAAACAGCUUCGAUUGAUGACCACCGACUCGUUUCAUGAUACUAUGUAUCACUCUGCCAUUGCUUCUCGACUCGCGUCCGACUUCAAGGCUCGCUCCGAUGAGUAAACUUUCCGGUGCCGGAAAGUUCCAUUUCUCAUCACUUAGCAUGCACUAUUUGUUUUUAUUGUAGUUUUUUAUUCUCGUUAUCCAGAUUUUAGGGUUUUUUUUUUUUAAGAUCCAGAUCUAUUGGCUUGUUUUUAAUAUCCAGAUAUUUGGACUUGAUUGUAAACAUUGACGCUAAUUAAUGUAUUAUUAGCGUUAAGAUAGUUUUAACUCUCAACUGAUUCAAUUGUAUUUGUAAAUAUUGAAUAAUAAUUUUGAAUAUUAAUGUAUGUGUGAUGUUUCAACUUUA